CCCACCACUUCUGGAUGGAUAGCAAGAAUCUUUAGUUAGACCGACCCGCUAGAAACCAGACUGCAAGCUGGCAUUCCACACCGGCUACGAGCAGACGAAGAUGUAACGCUACACCAGCCACGAGCGGACAACGGCGACAUGCGCAAGUAAUGCGACACGCAGACCGAUCGUGAGAACGGACCAAUGCAGCCAGCAACCAGCGGCUUCGUUAGAACAUUAGCUCGUUAGGUUUAGUCAGUCGAAGUCGAAGUCUAGAGUCAGCCAGAUAUAGAUCAUAGUUUAGCUUUAGUCAGGAGUAAUCCUGUUUGUGUAAAAUAAAAAUUUAUGGCCAACCGGCCUAGAUAAAGAUUAACUGGCGCCCGAAUAGGGACCUCUAGUGAAGUGAAAAUCAAGUGACGAGUAGUGAUCGCGAAAGAGCGUAAUCACACCGUGCUUAGAACAUCUCCCGAUCGCAGAUUGCAGCCGUGUGUAUGAGCACCUAAGUAGCCGGUAGCAGCCAAUAACUCGUUGCCGGAGGAAAGGGACAACGCCGACACACCGAGAAGGAAAAAUUCACCGGAGGCCCGAGCAACAGAAAACCAACCCCGUCAGAGGAGGCGAAGCAACCAGCCCCGUAAGAAGGGUGAAGCAUGAAUUUAUUAAUAAUCGCGUUUUUCACACUAUAUGGUGUUCUACAAGCUAGCAUAAACAUUUUCGACUUAACAAACAACCCAUUGGCUAUUGUUCCGUUAGGACAAGCAAAAAUUAGGAUCGGAUACUUGAGGACGAUUCAUCCAAUUGAUCUUACCGAGCUAGAAGAGAUAAUUUCUCGAGUUUUUGAAAAUAGCACAAACAGUACAGGAAAAUCCCCAUUGCAAAGUUUAAUUAAUUUGAAGCUCGAAAAACUUAACGCCACAAUUUCUAAGAUUAGGCCACGUAGACUUCGAACGAAAAGAUGGAACAGUAUAGGUACCGCCUGGAAGUGGAUAGCUGGCAGUCCCGACGCAGAAGAUCUAACGAUAAUCAACACCACCCUGAAUUCGCUCAUCCUACAAAACAACGAGCAGCUAUUAAUCAAUAAUGGUCUCAGCAGAAGAUUCCAAGAAACAACCCAUAUUGCUAAUCAUGUUAUCGACCUUCAGAAUAGGAUCCAAAGGGAACAUCAAACUGAGAUACAACAGAUCAUUAAGAUAGCAAACCUAGACGCAUUACAAGCCCAUAUAAAAACACUCCAAGAAGCCAUACUAGCCGCUAAGCAUGGGAUACCGAAUAGCGAGCUACUAUCAAUAGAAGACUUAAACACCGUUGCAGAAUUUCUGGCACAAAAUGGCAUUUACUAUACAUCAGUUGAAGAAAUGUUAACACAAGCCACAGCACAAGUUACCAUGAAUUCAACACACGUGAUAUUUAUGCUAAAGUUUCCACGUCUAUCCUAUGAAAAUUAUGAGUACAACUAUAUCGACUCUAUCAUACAAAAUGAUAAGAGAAUCUUAAUCAAGCAUAACUACAUAAUCCGGAAUCUAACCCAUAUGUUCGAAUUACCGCAGCCCUGUAUCGAUCAGAGCAGCCACCAGCUUUGCGAAAGUAAAGAUCUGGAAGAGCCUUCACGCUGCAUACGACAACUCGUACAAGGGGAGCAUACAGAAUGUAUGUACGAAAAGGUGUAUUCAACGGGAUUAGUUAAACACAUUAACAAUGCGAAUAUUCUAUUGAAUGAUGCCACUGCCGAAAUUUCAUCCAACUGCAGCAAUAUAAACCACAUUCUUAAUGGAUCAUAUCUCAUACGAUUUCACAACUGCAAUAUCUUUAUUAACGGAGAACUCUUUCCCAGCACAGAAGUUUCGAUAACCGGUAAACCAUAUAUAUCAACCCUUGGCCUCAUCGCUAAAGAAGACGGCAUCAGAGACGAACCUUCAAUUGAACAUCUUCGAAACAUAACAUUGCAGCACAGAGAGAAACUACAUACCAUCAGCCUGGUUAAUAAUUCCCUCACAUGGAAACUUCAUAUCUUUGGGUCAAUUGGGCUAACGACAAUUGUUCUGAUAACAAUAGCAAUUUUAUAUUUCAUUACCAGUAUAAGAAGAACGAAAAUAAGCCUCAACAUUCCAACGAACAACACCAACCGACAGGAUGUCCACCACAUAGAAACCUUCGUGAAAAAACCCAUAACAUUCCAUGCUCUCGGCAGACUUUGAGGGCAAAGUCAUCUAAGAAGGGAGGAGUUAGACCGACCCGCUAGAAACCAGACUGCAAGCUGGCAUUCCACACCGGCUACGAGCAGACGAAGAUGUAACGCUACACCGGCCACGAGCGGACAACGGCGACAUGCGCAAGUAAUGCGACACGCAGACCGAUCGUGAGAACGGACCAAUGCAG